AUGGCGAAUAACAGAAUACCAUCGGGUCCUAACACGCCUGGUAGCCAGCAAACGCCUACACAGCAAGGCAUAAAAAUAUUCAUACAACGAGACUACUCCGAGGGUACGGCUGUGAAGUUUCAAACGCGAUUUCCGCCUGAACUGGAAGAUAGAAUAGACAGGCAAACAUUUGAAUAUACCAUGGAGAGGCUAAAUGAACACUUUGAGAUGGCUGAAACUGCAGACUGCAGCACAUAUUGUGAGGGAUGCUUGGCAUGUCUCACUGCCUAUUUCAUUUAUAUUUGCACUGAGACACAUUAUGAAAAGCAUCUACGAAAGAUUUCAAAAUUCAUAGCGACGCAGAAUGAAAGAGUAUACAACCCGAGAGGCAUUCACAUAACAGACCCCAUUCUGAGAGGUCUCCGAGUAAUCGAAAUAACGAUAAUAGAUUUGCCAAAUUGCCAGAGCCCCACCGGUAACUCAACAAGCACACAGAUUAGGCACACU